AUGGAAAAUUUGAAGAGUGACUUAAACAGAUUCGAGUAGAAUGGCUUGAAACAAAUUAAAGCUAAAUAAGGGCUUUAAUAGUACAAAGCAUUUGCAUAAAUUCAAAAGUCUCAUCCUGAAAUAAGGUAAUCUAUUAAAAAAAUGAAUUAAAGUAAGAGUCAAUAAAGACUUGAUUCAAUGGAUUUUAAAGAUCUGAAGAAUGAUGCUUAAUUAAUGCAAAAAGCUGAAGAGUAAAAUCAGCUGCCAAAUGCUGUUUUCUCUGAUUCUGAUGAUGAAGACUGCAUCGUGAAAGAUGACAAUGAAGAAGGAAUGUCUACGAACAUAAACUAUAGAGAGGAUAGAGGAUCUUUCAGAUUACCAUAAAAUAAAUCAUAAAGUAAAAAGCAGCAUCCAAUAAAGCAUAUAAACUCAUCAAGUGUAAGUAGUGUUUCUUCUAAGAAAAAUAUACCAAGAUUCAACCUCCCAUAGACUAUAGUCAGAGCUAAGAAUGGAGAAUUUGCGAUCAAUGAAGAAAGCCUAAGUGAGGAGGAGGAGUAAAAAAGUUAUUCAAGAUCUGUAAAAGAAUCAAUAUUUUCAGCAACUGAGGGUAGAGUGGAUGAAGAAGAUUACUUUAGCUCUAAUAAUAGAAUGAAAAAUAAUAACACAGGAAAAUAAAACAAAGAGCAAUAUUUAAGAAAUUCUCUAGAAUCUUUUAUCCAUCCAAAAGUUCAAUCGACUCCAGGAGCAAACGAUAGCAAUCCUUUUAAUAACAGUAUUUAAAAUCUGAGUAUUCUCCAUCCUCAGUACACUGCUAAUUUCCAAGAUGAAGACAGCAAGCAAGUUAUAAGAAUGUCAGAAUUAGAUGCAGGAUUAUAAUCUCAAAACAAAUCAAUUAACUAUUCAGCAUCUGAUGAAAACGAUCGUCAAUUUUUGUUCAAUUAAUAGAAUCAAGGUUAAUUUGUGAGUCCAUUUUACAAUAAUAAUAUUAGCAACAAUAACAACCUGUAAAAUAAUAGAAAAAUGUAUCGAGAGACUAGUAAAGAACGAAUCUCACUUGAAAUUAGUGAAAGAAUAAAUGAGAUAAAUAAAUCCCAGAGUAGAUUGAGUAUUCAAUCUAAUAUAAGGAGUCAGUAGAUUUAAAAUAAUCUUGGAAGUUACCUUAGCUCGAGAAAUUUAAGUAAACUAAAUAUCAAAUCUGGAUUUAAUCAACAGAAGAAAAGUUUUGUCCCAUCGAUUAAUAGUUAUAAGUAUAAUCGGCAAUCACCAUUAUCCAUAAGUUCUAAUUAAGAUCUAAAAAAGCUUUUGCAUUUAACUCUUUCAUGCGAAGAACUUGAUAAAUUCAAGGAGAAAAAAUUGCAUCCAGAUAUAAAAGUUAUGACUACUUUUUAUUAAGAUCCAGCUCUUGACCAAGCAUUAUUCACAGGAACUGAAUGA